CCCGCAGCGCUGCCGUGCGGACGUGAGUGUGACGAACCGGCAAAAGUUUGCGACUCGUGAUUAUUGUUCUUAUGUGCACAAACUGGAUUUUUGUGAAAUGUUGAUCGAUUGGAAACACCACAAUUUUUAUAUGGUGUGAUGGCGCCGCCUAGCAAGGCCAUGGAGUGGAACAGCUCGUUUGACAUGCUCAUGGCAAAUGUCACGAAUGCAUCCGACUCGCGGAGCUAUGCUUACGCUGAGCCGGACUCCCUGGACCUUUUGGUCCCGCUCAGCGUCACUUACAUCAUCAUCUUCGUGGCCGGUAUCCUCGGGAACAUCAGCACAUGCGUGGUGAUUGCAAGGAAUCGAUCCAUGCACACCGCCACAAACUUCUACCUCUUCAGUCUGGCCAUAUCGGACCUCCUACUCCUCGUGUGUGGUCUUCCGAUCGAAUUCCACCGAAUGUGGAACCCGUCCACAUACCCGCUCGGCGAAGCUCACUGCAUAGCGCUGGGGCUCGCGUCAGAAACGUCAGCGAACGCGACCGUUCUGACAAUCACGGCCUUCACCGUCGAGCGAUACAUCGCCAUAUGUCGUCCGUUCAUGUCACAUACCAUGUCAAAGCUGUCGCGCGCUGUCCGUUUCAUCGUCGCGAUAUGGGUGUGUGCUCUGUGCACCGCGAUCCCGCAGGCCAUGCAGUUUGGCAUAGUGACACAAAUAGACAACGGGCAAACAACUAUAGUGUGUACUGUGAAGGGUCAGGGAGUGCAUCAAGUGUUUAUUAUAUCUAGUUUUAUAUUUUUUGUGGUGCCUAUGUCUGUGAUUUGUGUGUUGUAUGCGUUGAUAGGGAUUAAGUUGCGUACAUCGCGGGUUUUGCACCCGAUUAAGAAGCUUUCAAUGGAGAGCAGCGAGCGAUGCAGCAUGAGCACGCGCUACAGAAGCGGCACCUCGCAGCGAAGAGUCAUUAGGAUGUUAGUGGCAGUAGCGCUGUCAUUCUUCGUGUGCUGGGCGCCUUUCCACGUGCAGCGACUUCUCGCCAUCUACGGGAAGAGCAUGGAGAGGCCUUCAGAAACUUUUUAUCUGGUAUGA